UUGCUCUGCAGAUUCCAGAUAUGCCAACAUCUCCCUCCACAGUCUGACCUCCUUCAUUAGCUCAGUUUCGUUUUCAUAAUAGCUUUCCUGUGCGAAGCUCUGCGAAGGCCUGGCUCUCCCCAGCAACAGCUGCAUCCCAGGGCCACUUCACCUUCGGGCGCUGCCACGUCAGACGAUGCCCGUUGAGCCUGGGCAGGCCUUGGUCCUGCUGCCCCCGCUGGCCAAGGCAGGGGGCCCCCUGCUCCCCGGGCCUGAUGCCACCCCACACGGGCAGCUUUCCAGCCCCGAGGCAGCACGCCAGCUGUUCCGGCAAUACCGGUACCAGGUGCUGUCCGGGCCCCAGGAGACCCUGCGGCAGCUCCGGAAACUGUGUUUCCAGUGGCUGCAGCCCGAGCGGCACACCAAGGAGCAGAUCCUAGAGAUCCUCAUGCUGGAGCAGUUCCUGACCAUCCUCCCCGGAGAGAUCCAGAUGUGGGUGCGGAAGCAGAGCCCUGGCAGUGGGGAGGAGGCCGUGAGCCUGGUGGAGAGCCUGAAGGGGAAUCCCCAGACACUGUGGAAGUGGAUUAGCAUCCAAGUUCUGGGACAGGAACUGUUACCAGAGAAAGAGGAAUCUGUCAGGUAUCAAGUUGGGGAAGUCGAACCACAAGUUGAAGCAGUGCCUCAGGACCCGGGACUUCAGAAUUCCCCUCCCAGGGCUGGGAAUCCCCUGAGCCACGUUGUGAAAGAGGAGUCUGACACGGAGCAAGGACUGGUGGUGACUGCUCCUCAGCUUCCCGCUCAGCCUGGUGAAAGGCUCAUUAGGGACCAAGACUUUGGAACCUCACUUCUCCAAGCAACUCCUCAGGAACAGUGGAGGAACCUGGACUCCACUCAGAAGGAGCAGUACUGGGACCUCAUGCUGGAGACCUAUGGGAAAAUGGUCUCAGGAGGCAUUUCUGGUUCUAAGCCUGAUCAAAACGACUCAGCAGAAUAUGGGGAAGAACUCGCUGGGCUGCACCUUCAUGUCAGUGAGAAGAUCGUAAGACCCCCCUGCAUAGGAGAUAGACAAGAGAAUGACAAAGAGAACCUGAAUUUGGAAAACUAUGGGGACCAGGAACUUCUGGAAGCCUCCAGUCAAGCCUUAGGAGAGGUACCUUCUCAGACUUCCUUUGGUGACCUCUUCAGAGAAGAUGAAUCAAGAUGUUUUGGAGAAGAAAAUCCUUCCCAAGCUCCGGAAAACCUUCAGGGGGAGGCAUCAAGGGAACAGCUCUCUUCUCAGGAGAGGAAUUCUGGGAGGCAGCUGGGCCUGCACUUGCCUAAUUCUCAUCCAGAAGAGUUCUCCAUGCUGUGGCUGGGGGAGAAGAGAGAGGUCUCCCCGAAAGGGCAGCUCAGAGCGCCCAUGGCCCAGAAACUCCCUACCUGCAGGGAGUGUGGAAAGACCUUCUAUAGGAAUUCUCAGUUGGUGUUUCAUCAGAGAACUCACAUUGGUGAGGCGUACUUUCAGUGCCCCACCUGCAAAAAAUCUUUCCUGCGAAGUUCAGACUUUGUGAAACAUCAGCGAAUCCACACAGGAGAAAAGCCGUGCAAGUGCGACUACUGUGGGAAGGGGUUUAGCGACUUCUCGGGACUGCGCCAUCAUGAGAAAAUCCACACGGGAGAGAAACCCUAUAAAUGUCCCAUCUGUGAGAAAAGCUUUAUUCAGAGAUCCAACUUUAAUAGACAUCAGAGGGUUCACACAGGAGAGAAACCUUAUAAGUGUUCUCGCUGUGGGAAAAGCUUCAGCUGGAGCUCAAGCCUGGAUAAGCAUCAGAGGUCCCAUCUGGGAAAGAAGUCUUUUUCAUAGUCCAACUUCACUGUCCGUUUCCUAUUAGUUGAUUCAUUUAAAAGUACUUAGUUUCAUCUGCAAAAAUUGCAUCUCUUAGAGGAUUUCUUUUUUCUUUUUAAUGG